CCAAUAGAAGAUCUCCGAAUUCUUAUUUUCCUCCCACCUAUUCCCUUCCCGCUCGGUCUGCCGCGGCUGCCUCUGAAUGAGAGCAAGGGGUGGAGCUAGGUUCUUCUCCCUGAGUAACCGUUGGACUCAUCGAUCGGAUUUGGGGAAGGGUUGUUUUUUCUGCCCGGGCUCCCGUUCUCUUAGCUGGGUGAAAAUGGCGAGGCCGGGUUCCGUACGACACAAGGUACUGUCUUCAGGAAGGUUGACAGGAUCAGUCAAAUUAACAAGUGGGAAAAAACAGAGCACUUUAAGAAAAGUGGCACGUUCAGAUGUUGAUUCUGGCUACUCUCUCUAUUCCACAGACUCUGAAGAUCAGGUUGCAACUAUUCAUCACGGGCUUGAUCGCUGUGCUUCGUUACUAAAGGACAUCUUGCAAAAUGAAUCUGAAGGAAUGGAGACUGACUGUCAAAAGACAGGGAAAACAGCUUUUGUCAGAACGGCUUCCAGACCUUUAUUCAGUAAAGUCAGUGGCUCAAAGAAGAGGGCCCCAAAGAAAAAAUCUCUUUCUGCAGUUAUGCAGAAAGAAAUGGUGCCUAUGCCAAAUAGAAAGCCAGCAUCAGUUAAUGCAGCUGUUACUGAAAAAGACACAACCCCUGUAAGCACUGGACAACCUAUUCCUGUUCAACCAAUUCAUGCACCUUGCACUCAGCAUUCUCCUGUAAUGCAUCAGAAACUGUGUGAACAUGUACAAACCCAAAUGUCUCUCCUAAAUAUCCAACCUCUGCAAAAAUCCAAUGGCAUUCAUGAAGUACCACUUUCCAUCAUUCCUGUACACACAGCAUAUCAGCCUGUUACAGCAUUCAACUCCCGUUUACCUACUUCUACACCAGCUCUGUCCCCACAGUAUGCAGCUAAUCCAGCAGUUGUUCAGCCUGGUGCUCUCGUGGACAACUGCAGCCAGUGUGCAUCACAAAUGGGACCUCUUUUGCCAACAGCCUCCAGUGGUUCCACUGCUACUGCCCAAGUGCAGCCUGUUGCUUCAUGUUCUGCUCUGCCCCAUAUGAUUCAGUCUGCUCCCAACAAUCCUACACCAUCUGGAGUACUUGCUCCACCCAGGAGCAAAGAAGCUGUGCCAGACCAAGGAAACCAUGAACAACAGCUUAAAGAGGCAGACCUCAUAAGGUGUCUUCAGGCACACCUGGCUCUGUUGCAAGCACAUGAAAAGGAGAAUGGGAAGGCUAAGGAAAAAACCCAGGAUGCUAACACAAUACAGUCCAAGUCCUUGAGUUCUAAAGAAGAAGAAACUGCUGAAGAACAUAGUGAGGGUACUCUUAGCGAAGAAGAAAACUUGGACGACAUUGAUAUAGCACCAGUGAAAGAUAUAAGCUGUCAGACUAGUUUUGACAAGGAAGGGUUAAAACCUAAAAAAACAAGCCUGCAAAAAACAGCUCAGAAAGUAAAAACCGUGAAGUAUCUCCUGGGAGAGCUUAAGGCCCUGCUAACAGAUCAUGAAGAUUCUGAAAUUUUGAGGCUGCUAGGUGAAGUAGAAGACACUGUCUCACUCUUGCCUGCAGUUGUUGGAAAUACACAUGUGCAGGCUGAAAUAGCACUUGCUGUUCAACCUCUCAGGAGUGAAAAUGCCCAGUUGCGCAGACGAUUAAGAAUACUGAAUCAGCAGCUGAAGAACCAAGAGAGAGCAGAAAAGGAAUGCAGUAUGGAUAGCAACUGUGAAUUUUUCUCCCUCCAGUCUUUGAAUAUGACACUGCAGAGCCAAUUGAAUGAAUCUAUAAAAAGCAAUGAGUUGCUGCAGAAUAAAAAUGAAGAGUUCAUACAAAUGUUACAAAGCCAAAAAGAAGAAAAUAAAAGGCUGAGCAGAAUAAUGUAUGAGAGAGAGCAAGAACAGAGACAGCAGUAUGAUAUUGACUCAACAAAGCUCAAAAUUGAAGCAGAUGAGAUGUUGACCAACAUGAAGAGCUUACAGUACAAGUUAGAAGCUGUUGAGAGAGAGAACCAGAUCUUGGGCAUAACACUGCGUCAGCGAGAUGCAGAAGUGAAUAGAUUGCGCGAAUUGGCUCGGGCUCUGCAAGGGAGUAUGUCCAAACUUCUCUCAGACCUCACUGUGGACACUACUAAACCAAAACAGGAAAUAAGUCUGUCAAAAGCACUCUUGGAAAUUCAUGAGAAACGGCUGCAGCCAGACACAUACCCCCUAAGUGACACCAUAAUGAGCUACCUCAAAAAACUAGAAACCAAUCCUCUUCUGAUAAAUGCAGAGCCUCUCUUACCAAAAGGUGAGAUUAAAGAACCAAAUCAAGGAUAUGACAUGAAGGCAGCUGAACAGUCUCCUCAAAAGAGUCCUGUUGCUGCAGAAGCAAUAGUGGCUCCAAAAAACUUUACUACCUUUCUGAAGCCUGACAUUGAAGCAGCCAGCAGCUCAAGUACUUUAGUAGAAGGGCAUGAACCGGAUGAGACUAUUUACAUUCCACUGAGUAGCAGUCCAUCUCAGAAACCAGCAGCAGCAACUGAAAGGACAGAAACACAGUAUAAAGUUCCCAAAAAAUUGGACUGUGACUUUGGGUUGGCUAAUUCCAAGCAGCUAAGUAGAUAUGGAAUGUUGGGCAAUGUAAAGGUUUUUGAUAAAUUGUAUGGUAGCUUUAAUCCAAAAAAGACUGUGGAAAAUAAAUCUGAAAGCAUGGGGAAGAUAGCAAAGCUGGAGGGGGAGAGGCUCCAAAUGCAGCCAAAAGAGAUAGCAAAUGAAGCUCCUCAAAUGAUUUUGGACGUCCCAGACAGACUUCAGCCUGAUAAAUUCUUUUUUGCUCCUAUUUCAUAUCAGAAAGGAAACACGCAGAAGAAAGGCACUGGCAUUUCUGUUCCUGACUCCAGUUUCUCAACUUUUGACUGGAUGUCAGGAAAAUCUGAAUGGACUAUAUCUUCCUUUUCAACAUUCACAUCUAGAGAUGAAGAAGACUUUAAAAAUGGUCUAGCGACCUUAGAUGCUAAUAUAGCUAGACUGCAAAAGACUUUGCAGAAUAGUUUGAAAAAAACAGUGAGUCCUUAAUGCUGUUGUUCAGAAUAAGCUGGGGAAAGGCUUUUCUUGAAAUCUGAUUCUUUAUAGCAUCUUUGUACUGUAUAACUGACUGUCUUCCAAAUUGUUGCUGUAAAAUUCAACUUACUACCUUAUGGAUAAAUUAAAGGGCUGUGAAAUCAAGAGUAAAUCUGAAAUACACCUGUAAAUUUUAAUUUUAGAAUGUAAAGAAAUGUAACAUUGGCAAUAAAUGAAAUAUGUUAAUAAACAGA